GAGUCUCCAAGGGAGAAUGUUUAGAAGUUCAUUGAACUUGCGGGGAGUUUAAAGAUCAAUGGCAUCCCCGAGGAUGAUUUGAAGUUGAGGCUAUUCCCCUACUCUCUUGCGGGUAAUGCCUCUCGGUGGCUCAACAAUAGGCCGGCUCUCUCGAUCACUUCGUGGGAUUAUAUGCUCAACAAGUUUAUGACUCGUUAUUUCCCACCUUCAAAGAUGGUGGAGUGGCGCAAGAAGAUCACCCAUUUUGAGCAAGAGGAAGAUGAGACACUGAGGGAUACUUGGGAAAGGUACUCCGAUUACUUCCUCCAAUGCCCACAUCAUGGAUUCGAAGAGCAAUUCCGGAUUGAGACCUUCUAUGGUGGUCUCCACCAAGAUGACAAGAUCCUCAUUGACUCCUUAUGUCAAGGAAAAUUGAUGAACAUGACUCCACCACAAGUGACCGAGUUGCUCGAAGACAUGGAAAGUAAAGGGUAUGAUUGGGGCUUGACAAGAAGUGGAAAGAGAAGCAAUGCAAGGGGAGUGCAAAGUGUAGGAGUGAGUCCCCUACUUGAAGCCAAGAUUGAUCGUUUGAUUAAGGCACUCUUAUAGGACAAGAAGCAUGGGAAGUGGCCGGUAAUGGCAUGUGAUUAGUGUUCAAGUACCAACCACGAUAUUUCGAAUUGAUAAAUGAUGAAGGAAUCGAGCAUCGUCGAGGAGCAAGUGAGUUUCAUUGUCAAUGCUAGGGGGAACAACCCCUAUAGCAACACUUACAACCCGGGGUGGCGAAAACAACAGAAUUUCUCUUAGUCUUCUUAGACCAGUCCAAGACCCCCUGGUUUCGAAGGACCAACAUGAAAUUAUCAACCAAGGCCUCCCUUCAUUCAACAAAGGCCGCAAUUCCAAGGCUCUAACUUUCAACAACCGUUUCAAGCUCAAGGAGGUCAAGGGUUCCAAAAACCUUAUAAGUUUGCAAAACUUGAAGACCUUGUGACUACCUUUGUGAGCACGAGCACUCAAAAGUUCAAGAAGAUUGAGCAUUUUAUGGAUGUGGCAACAACAAAGUUUACCUCGGUUGAGGCGGGAUUAAAGAGCCAUUAAGCAAGCCUUCAAAACUUGGAGGUGCAAAUUGGCUAUCUUGCCGGGAUUCUCACCGAGAGGCCAAGGGGAGCCCUACCCUCUCAAGCCAUUGUCAACCCCAAAGAACAAACUGCCGAUUGCAAUGCAAUUCUUUUGAGGAAUGGCAAGGUUACCCCGGAGGUUGUUCCUAAGGAAGUGAAAGAAGAAGAGAAGACCCCCUCCAUCGGUUAAUGAUCCCGAAGAAGUGGGAGAAACGGAAGAAGAUCCUAAGAAGGCAUUGUCGACGCCACCACAAGUGGUUGAGUACAAGUGAAACACCCUAACCCGGCCGGGUACUACUUUUACUAAAAUGCCCUUGAUAAAUAAAAUACUCAAAUCUUA